AAAGAAAACUGACUUAUCGACGGUGUCCCACAAGCCCACGGAUGACAUGGAACCGCCAUUGUUUUCUCUUUGUGCAAAGUGUCCCGACGCGUCAUUCCUGAAAAUAGGAAAAGCGCCCCCAAAAUCCGUCUCACGAUGAAUACGGGGACCUCAAACGACCCCAUUGGAGCCGACAUUUUGGCACGCAUGGAAAAAUUGGAGCAAAAAUUGAAGAAACGGCGCAAAACCAAAAGACUACAUCAUCGCUUACGGUCCCCGUCGCCAUUUUCAUCUUCUCGCGGGGACCAGGAUCGGACCUGCAAACGCCGUUGUCGACGCUCAGAAUCAAUUGAAGUUUUGACCUCUUCCGUUGAUGACCCUCAACGGCCAGUUCUGGAGACAGCGACUCCUGAUCCAUUGCCCUUCCCGGUGGAGGCACCCCUUGAUCCGGAGAUUUUACUCCUUUUGGGAGCUCCACAGAAUUCAGAGGAACCUUUGGGUGAGCCCAUACAUGCCAGUAUUGCGGAAAGAUGGACCGUGGUCCUCCAAAAAGGUUUAGAUCCGGAAAUAACCCAACAAUUGCUCAAGAAGUACCCUGUAGGGACCAAUUGCACGUUCGCAAAAACCCCAAGAGUCAAUCCCGAAAUUUCGGCUUCACUGACCGACUCUGUCUUGGAAAGAGACUUACGUUUAUCCAAUAAACAAUUGCAAAUGAGUGCUUGCCUAGCAGCAAUGGGCAAAGUUUUAUCUUUGCUCUUGAAGAAUGAACAGCCUGAUGGAACUUCUUUUAUCGAAGCCCUUAGUGAUUCCGGGAGACUCCUGUCUGAUUUAUUUUAUCAAGACUCCUUUCUGCGCCGCACUUUGAUUCGUGGUUCCUUAAAUAAUAAAUUUAAAAAGACAUUGGAAGAGGCACCUAUCGACGAUCUUCUUUUCGGUUCAGAUUGGAGUGAGCGCCUCCAACAAGCCAAAUCUCUUGAAAAAUCUUCUCUUGAAUUAAAAUUGAAAAAGCGGUAAAGGCAAAACCGAGAUUACCUCAGAGGCAAUCGUUAAACUUCAAACGCCCGCUCAAGAAGUCCCAAUUGAGCGGGCGGCAAACAGCUCCGUCGACAUCGACUUCGAGGGACAAGCCACACCAUCAACCACGUUACUCCAACGCACGAACCUACUCACACAACUACAGGGGACCUCAGACGCAGUACCCGAAGGGCAGACCCUCUCUUACCCAACACAGCCGCUAAUAACUGCUCCUUCGUAUGCGGGAAGGCUUUCUCAUUUUGAGAAGGUAUGGAGGGAAAUCACUUGUGACCCCAUUAUUCUUUCUUACAUAAGAGGUGUUAAAAUUCCUUUUAUCCAACCGGUACCUCAUAGCACACCCCCUGUUGAGCCAUACUGGUCACCAAGUGAAAAAGUUGCCAUUUACACAGAGCUAACACAUUUACUGGAACUCGGAGCUAUUGAAGAAUGUUCUUCUACACCAAACGAGUUCAUUUCACCUAUAUUUCUAACCCCAAAAAGCGACGGCUCCUUGAGAUUUAUCUUAAACCUAAAGAGUCUCAAUAAAUAUAUAGCUCUGGACCACUUUAAACUGGAAAACCGGAACACAGUGCUGAACUUAAUCAGCAAAAAUUGUUACAUGGCGACCCUAGAUCUUAAAGAGGCAUAUUAUGUUGUCCCUAUCGCGACUAAAUACCGAAAAUUUUUACGCUUUAAGUUCAGUAAUCACUUAUACGAAUUCACGUGCCUACCGUUUGGUCUCAGUAUCGCACCUUUUGUUUUUACAAAGCUGAUGAAACCGGUAGUCUCCCUUUUGAGAACCCAAGGUUACCUUUCAGUUAUUUACCUCGAUGAUUUUUUAUUACUUGGUGAUUCCUACAAUUGUUGUUCCGAGAAUAUCUGUCAGACCACCUCACUUUUAACCAACCUCGGUUUUGUCAUUAAUAGGGAAAAAAGCCAGCUUAUUCCCAAUCAGGAAUGCAGAUACUUAGGCUUUAUUUAUAAUUCACAAACCAUGACGAUUGCCCUUCCUUCGGAUAAAAGAGAGCUUAUUCAUAAACGCAUUAUAGAGAUUCAGUCUCAAAACUUCUGCAAGAUUCGCAAACUGGCCCACAUUCUGGGUCUCCUAACGUCUGCGUCUCCAGCUGUUUCUUACGGUUGGGUUUAUACCAAAAAUUUAGAAAGUCAAAAAACGCUAGCUUUAAAAAAGAACCGAGGUCAUUACGGGAGCCUAAUGCACCUUUCCUCAUCAGUAAAAAAUGAUUUAGAGUGGUGGAAAACACACAUCGUCACAUCAAAGAAUUAUAUCAGAUCAUAUAUCUUUUACAUGACGAUUUUUACUGAUGCUUCAAAAACCGGAUGGGGGGCCGUUUGUGGAGAUGAUAGAGCCUAUGGCUUUUGGUCAAGCUCAGAAGCAAAUUGUCAUAUCAAUGAAUUAGAACUUCUCGCGGUACAGUUUGGGCUAAAAUGCUUUGCAAAGAACCAACACAAUUGCGAGAUUCUUUUAC